AUGGUGUAUAUUGUAGGAAUCUAUGGUGUGUCGCUACCUUGGUACUUUUUCCUUACCAAACGUUACUGGUUUCCUAAAUCUGUCGAGAGUACGGAGUACAAUAUCUCAGCUGAUUCAUCCCCGCCAGCUAACGAUAAUUUUGAAACUGAACCCAAAGACCUCACAGUGACAGUGUUUAUUUCUGACUCCCUGAAAGAAGGGCCUUACAAAUUAAUGGGAUGUGGUGUUUUACAGCUCGAUAACCUGACCCUCAGACUUUAUGAAGAUCAAAUUACGGCUCUUUUGGGACACAACGGAGCAGGGAAAACGACUACCAUGUCUAUCCUGUGUGGUUUGUAUUCACCAUCCUCUGGCACUGCCUCCGUUUACGGUAAGGAUAUCCGACGAGAAAUCCAGCAAGUACGGGAUGUGCUAGGGGUGUGCCCACAGCACAAUGUACUGUUUUCACACCUCACCGUAUCCGAACAGCUACAAUUGUUUGCUGCUCUCAAGGGUACACCAAGCAAUCAGAUCCAGCAUGAUGUCGACAACAUUCUCCAGUCGGUGUCAUUGGUAGAAAAAGCGAAUGAUCUCGCCAGCACAUUAUCAGGCAGCUCUUGCACCACACCGAGAAAACUCGUUUUACUCAUAACGUUUUACUUUGUUCGUUCGUUAAAUCAUCUCAGAAGGACAUGUUCAGGUGGAAUGAAGCGACGUCUGUGUAUUGGAAUUGCGCUGGUGGGAGGCUCCCGAUUCGUGAUACUCGACGAGCCAACGGCUGGUGUCGAUGUUACCAGUAGAAGAGAGAUCUGGUCGUUGCUGCAGAAGAACAAGAAAGGUGGUUCUUUUAGAACCUUCUGGAGGAAGUGA